AUGCCUACUAAAAUAUUCGUCACCAGGGAAACCGUGGGCUUUGUGGCCAUCACGACAUUCAGGGGGCUCCCAGAGAUGGCUUUGGAAGCUGUGCGUGAGACUGACACAAAAAAGGCGCUCUGCGCUGUCGCCUUCACGUCGGGAACAACUGGCGAUCCUAAAGGGGUCAUGCUUUCUCAGUACAGCUUCGUCGCUGGGAUUCAGGGCCUGCGGGCAAUAAAAUGCGUGUCUGAAGGCGACGUGUGCAUUAACCUCUGGAGACUGUUUUCAGUUAGUUCAGUGCGGGUCUUUCUGACCCUGCUAUCUGCCGGUUGCACUGCUGUAAUGGUCAACCCGGAUAGUGGAAGCCCAAAGUUGAUGGAACAAAUCAGACGCCACAAUGUCACCGCCGUGUGCGCCUCGGCGGCGCCCAUGAGUGCACUGGCCACCGACGCCUACAGCAUGGGCGAGAAGCUGCCCACUGUCCGGCGCACUUGCAGCAUCGGGGGCACGCUGCUGCCCUCUGUGUUGGAGAAGAUGCGCGACGUGUACCAGCUGCUCACGAUGACGCACAUUUACGGCAUAACCGAAGCGGCCGGCUGCGUGUUGGUGCCGCCAAACGACGCCCUGAGCCUGCCGUUUCUCGGCUUCGCCGGCCCCGGCGUGCUCAUCAAGGUGGUGGACGUUGACACAAAACAACUGCUCCCAGAAGGAAAAAACGGACACAUUUGCUGCAAAAUUCCAAGCGUAAUGUUGGGGUUCUUAAACAAACCGGAAGAAACGCGAGAAGUUCUUGACUCCGAAGGAUGGCUCUUCACAGGAGACUUCGGGUACUACGACGCGGAAGGCCGCGUGCACUACAUCGACCGGCUGUCCGACUUGGUCAAGUGCAUCGGUUUCCACGUGCCCACCGCUGAGCUCGAGGAGGUACUCCUCACUAUCCCAGAGGUACGCGAGGCUGCCGUGGUCGGCGUCCCCAGUGUCCAGUACCAGGACGCGCCGGUCGCCUUCAUUGUCACCAAACCGGACGCGGCAGCCAGCGCAUCCCUCGCCGAGAAGAUCAAGAAGCGUGUGGCAGAGAGCUGUCCCAAACACAUGCAACUCUACGGCGGUGUCGCGUUCGUCGAAAAGUUCCCCAAGAAUGACAUGGGAAAAGUGCUCAAGAGGGAGCUCCGGAAAUUGGCUCUAGAUCCAAAGACGGAGAAGUUGUGACGUAAAGGCCUUAUGCCAACGAAGUAGUGUUGCUCUUCUAGAUCACUUCGAAUUCUUCCAUACUGCGAGUAGUAGGCGAGCUGUUCUUUUUCACACCCCAUGAGAAAAGGCUGGGUGUAUCAGAGCGCUUGCUAGCGCGGUACUUUCGUAACGCGAAUGGCCUACUUACGUUAUUCUUGAUAUAUAGAUAGAUUCAUAAAUAGACUAAUUAAGAGAUAGAUAGAUAGAUAGAUAGAUAGAUAGAUAGAUAGAUA